CAGUUUCCAUUCGCAAUUCCUGAACCAUUGCUAUAUCGCGCUAUGCAGUACGAAAUUGUAGAACGCAGCUGCCGAGACACCGCCGGUCGCGUCGUCUGCUACGCUUUGGCAAACAUUUUUUUGCACGUGUUGCGUGCGGUCAGUGCCACAAUAAUAAAAACAACGAGCGCGAGUGGAAUAGUUCCGACAUAAUUCAUGAGUGGCAAAGUAUUUGGUGCGUGAUUUUAUGUUGAGACAGCGUCGAAAGAAACAACACGAACAAUGCGGUGGGUCAACAAAGUGUCGCAGUUGUUUCAACCAACGGUUGUCAUUCCAAAAAAUGCCAUGCCGAAGUCCGACGUCACGUCCAAAAGUUAUCAACUGAUGAUCAAUGCGGGCAUAAUCAACGGCACGAGCACGGGCAUGUACGCGUUUCUGCCGCUCGGCAUGCGGGUGCUGGGCAAAUUGCAGGCCCUCGUCGACGAGGAGAUGAGGCGCGUGGGCGGGCAAAAAGUUCUGCUGCCCAUACUGACGCCCAGCAAGCUGUGGAAGAAGACAAACAGACUGGAACAAGCGCAGCCGGAAUUGUUCCAGCUGAAAGACAGGCACGGCAAAGAAUUUCUCCUCAGUCCCACGUUCGAAGAAUCCAUCACCGAACUCGUGCGUCAAACGGGUCCUCUCAGCCACAAUCAACUGCCCGUCCGCCUCUAUCAAAUCUCGAGCAAGUGGCGCGACGAGAUGAAGCCUCGGCUCGGUCUCUUCCGUAGCCGCGAAUUCGUCAUGAAGGACCUGUACAGCUUCGACGCGGACGAGGCCACGGGCUCCGAGACGUACGAGCAGCUCGGCGAGGCCUACCGACGCGUGCUCGAGCGCAUCGGCGUUCCGUACGUGCGGGUGCGCGCCGACACCGGCCAGAUGGGCGGCACGACUUCGCACGAGUAUCAUUACGCCACGGAGAUCGGCGAGGAUCGGGUGGCGCGCUGUCGCGACUGCGGUUACGACACCGAGGACAUCGCGGCGAGACAGGUGGAAGGCGAGGCCGUCGCCUGCAGCAGGUGCAACAAGAGCAUGGAAAAGUUGCACUCGGUCGAGAUCGGCCACACGUUUUUGCUGGGCACUCGAUACUCGAAGCCGCUGAACGCCACCUACGUGGACGCGAGCAACAAGAAGCAACUGCUGUACAUGGGCUGCUACGGUCUGGGCCUGACGCGCAUCAUCGCCUCGGCCGUGGAAAUCUUGUCGCGCGACCAGGAGCUCAGGUGGCCCAGAGAGCUCGCGCCCUACAGCGUAUGCAUCAUCACGCCCAAGCAAGGCAGCAAAGAGGAGCCGGCGACGCACUUGGCGGAGAUGAUUUACCAUCACUUGGAGUCGCUGGGCAUCGACGCCAUCGUCGACGAUCGCGCCCACAUGACCAUCGGCAAGAGACUGGUGGAGGCGCGCAAGAGCGGCUAUCCGCGCGUCGUCGUGGUCGGCAAGGGCUCGACGAGUCUGGACAGGCCGACGCUCGAGCUACACGAUCUUUACGACGGAAAAUACGUCGAUUUGGAGAUGAACGACGUAGUCAGCGAGCUCGAUAAGUCGCGACGGACUUGUCGAGCCAGUUGAUAAUUAGCAUAUUUUCGUCACGAGUAUUAUUAUUGUCGUUUCGUUUUAGCUUUGUAAAAAAUAGAUGAAAUCAUUUGUUUACUCG